AUAAUGAAUAUAAAGGAGCUGCCUUUAUACCAAAAUUGUCCCUUUCUCUUCUCAACUUCUUGCUAUAGAGAUACACGGAGGGGAAAGAGACGACCUGAAUUAUUGUUAGCCUCUGGUUUCUGCCAAGCUGAAUUCUAUUUUAACUUUCAAAUAUGAGCGUGUUCUUUCAAUGCUAUGAGACAGUGUGGUAAAGAUAUCUGAAAGCAAGUUAAAAUGGAGGAAUCAUGGUUCCCUUAAUUCUGGAGAGGAUAAACUUUUCCCGGAGAGCCUAAAUCCAAAUGAUGAUAUCAGUACAUGUCCCUUUUUUUGUUGAAUUUAUGAGAUAAUGAUGUUUGCUAUAGGUUCAAUCAGAGGCAGAACCAAUCUUGGACAUAACUACAUUGUCAAAAGGGAAUCUUUAGUUUUGUUGUCUUUUCUAUUCCAGCAAGGGUCCAAUCUUUCAUCAUUGCACAAAGCUACUUCUGUUACUCCAUUGCUUAACUGGACCACCUCUGUGAACCUGAGAAGUUACAGGGCUGUUAUACCUUUUCUAGAGGCAGUGAGGGUAUCUUCUCCUAAUUUUUUAUUGACACAGAGGUUAAAUGUGUUUGCUAGUCAUAGUGUUCUCAGAAGUUGGGUAUACAGAAGAUGGAUGAGCCGUGCGUCAUUUGAGCUGAAGACAGACAAUGAUGUUGUGAGGUUUGCUUUUGGUAAGCAGCCUGGUAAAAAUGGUUCUUCAGAAAAAAGGAAGAAGACUACCAAACGAGUUAAAAUGUCUAGAAAGGCCAAACUAAAUGAACUUAGGUUCUAUCGUCUCAAGGCCAAAAAGAAGAAGAAUUCUCCAAAUCCAGAAGUCCGGAUUAGAUAUAAACUUGAAAAGGCCAAACGAAAGGAAGUAUGGUUGAUUGAGAAGCUGAGGAAAUUUGAGGUUCCCAAAAUACCAGCUGAAGUAUAUGAUCCCGAAAUAUUAACUGAAGAAGAGAAGCAUUACCUCAAGCGUACUGGGGAGAAGAAGAAGAACUUUGUUCUAGUUGGAAGACGAGGAGUAUUUGGAGGUGUUGUUCUUAAUAUGCAUCUUCACUGGAAGAAGCAUGAAACAGUGAAGGUUAUUUGCAGGCCUUGCAAGCCAGGGCAAAUUCAUGAAUAUGCUGAAGAGCUUGCUCGACUGAGCAAAGGAAUUGUGAUUGACAUAAAACCUAACAAUAGUAUUGUAUUCUACAGAGGAAAGAACUACGUUCAGCCUGAAGUUAUGUCCCCUCCAAAUACGCUUUCAAAACAGAAGGCUCUGGAAAAGUACAAGUAUGAGCAGUCCCUUGAGCACACAAGUCAAUUCAUCGAGAAAUUAGAGAAAGAGCUUGAAGAAUAUCUCGAGCAUGUUGCUCGUUAUAGGAAAUUAAAAGAAGAUACACAAUACUGCACCAUUGCUGCUGCAUGAUGGUAACUGUCUAAUAAACAUUUGGUCCUUCUGCUGCUGAAGAAGUUGAUCAAUGUUUUUAUGUUUGGUUGGCCAGGGCUUUUCUUUAUAGAAGUUCUCUUUUGUUUAUUACUUACUUGUUUUUCUUGUAGGAUAAGUUCCAUAAAAUAACAUAAUAGCCAACAAAUCUUGCACAGAGCCAGAUGACAUGCAACUCUGACCAGCUUAUUUAUAAUAUGGAAUACUACCGCUAUUUUUUAUAAUGUUCA